AUGGAUGAAGAUUUCCCGUUAAUUGCUACUGUAGCAACAUCUGCGAUUUUGAUCUUCGCUGCUGCUGCUGCAGAAGAAGGAAAAGAAAGCGUAUUUGGACGAGAAAUUGGUUUUUUAUUAUGUUACUAUUCAAAUUUACAGUAUUUGUUUAGAAUACCUAAACAAACAUUGUCAAGAGUGAUACCAGAAGUAUUGGAUGCUUUAUGGGAAUGCAUGCAAGAUUACAUAAAGACACCAAACACUGCUCAGGAGUGGAAAGCCAUAGAAGAAGCUUUUGCUGAAAAGUGGAACCUGCCACACUGUGUUGGUGCCAUCGAUGGAAAACACGUUAUGAUAAAAGCACCAGCAGGGGGUGGCAGCACUUUUUACAAUUAUAAAAGUUUCAACAGCAUUGUGCUGAUGGCAUCAGUUGAUGCAGAUUAUAAAUUUACAUUUAUUGAUGUUGGAUGUAAUGGACGAAUAUCAGACGGAGGAGUUUUUGCCCAAACAAGUUUAUUUUCGAUGCUAGACAAUAACUUGCUUGAUCUGCCCAGCCCAACACCUUUGAUUCCAGGUAGUGAGCCUGUGAAUUAUUUUAUGGUUGCAGAUGAGGCGUUUCCUUUGAAAUGUUAUCUGAUGAGGCCAUAUCCUGGUAAAAAAUAUCUCUCCUCAGCAAAGGAUUUUCAAUUAUCGACUGUCCAGGGCAAGGCGUGUUGUUGAAAAUGCAUUCGGGAUAUUAUCAAAUAGAUUUCGUAUCUUGAUGCAACCAAUACAGCUGCCUCCUGCGACAGUUGAUAAAAUUGUUUCUGUAUGUUGCUGUUUGCAUAACUUUCUACGAGAAAGACCGUCCAGGCAAUUGUAUACACCAAGAGAACUAAUCGAUCAUGAAGAUGAGGACUUUAAUUUUAUACCUGGAUCAUGGCGAAAUGAGGAAUCGCUAAGUAAGAUGAAAUCCCUGUGUAAACAAAAUGGUUAUAACACAGGGUCUGCUGAAGCAAGGCUAAUGCGAGAAAAAAUUUGUGAUUAUGUAAAUAAUGAAGGAAAAGUUGCAUGGCAAGAUAAAUUUAUAAAAUAUUAUUAAUUUCUCAAUAUAUGUUAUUCAAUUUAUGUUCCCUGAUUUCUCAAUAUGUGUUAUAAUAAAAGAUAAAGAAAUAAAGAUUAUUUAUAAGUA